AGUAGUAGUUUAGUUGUAGGAAUUAAGGUACGUUUACGAAUAGAAAACGUUUCCUUGUUUUCCUGUUUGCUUGUCAUAUGAGACGAAACCACUUUCAUUGUCCCAGGAGACAGACACUCAGUAUAUUGGACGAAUUGUGUGAAAUAUGCAGCGGGAUUUAAUUUGGGAGACAAGCGGUAGUACCGCUUACGUAUAUGAUAUGAAAAAAAAUUCCGAUGCACUUGACAACUGACGAAAGAAGUAAAAAAAGAAAAAUGACACUCCAUUGUAACUUUUUUUUAGAAUUCGCGUCGAGUAGUUUUGUUGUAUAUCUGGAUUAAACACGCCGUGCAAUGUAUGUAUGUAUAUAUAAUUACAAGUACACAUAAGUAUCGGUGUCCUAUGUUUACAUACAGUUACUGACUUCUAGAUGACCCUUUAGCUACACCGGCUGAAAAAUUAAAAACGCUUUCGUUUGAUUAGAUAAAAACCGCGCGAGAAAGUGAGAGGGGUUAGACGGUCAAUUAAUACAAGCUGUGGAUUUUACCACGCUGUUGAUAGUAACAGAAGAAAAGAAUCUAAUUAACAAUGGACGAGCAUCAACUUCCUAUUCUAUCUAACAUGUAGUGUUUUUGUGGACACGGAUAGAAUUUUUUUUUUUAAAUUUCUAAUGACAUGCUUUAAAGACGUACAUCGUAAACAGUGCACAAAGGUAUGACAAUGUGUGUGUGAUUUCUAACGUAAGGAAACUAAUUGGAUUUUAAUUCACCAGGAUUCAAGCGUAUACAUCGAUUGUGGAAUUGAGAGAGAGAGAGACUGUGAUAUCCAAGCGCGCACACUGAUCAUAGUUCAGCAGACGACUCCAUGCAUUAACCCAAGACCAUGUAUUGGAUAGCCGUUCUGACUUUAACACCAAUGAUCGUUUCAUACACAUGGGCGGAUUUGGAUAUUUAUAGAGGGAAACUGUGCAGAUCUCAUCUUGGAUAUCAUGAAAAUGUCCAGGAUUUCAGACAAUAUUCCUGUGCCUGGUGUUUCCGUUUUGUGUUUCAUCUUAAAUACCGUCCACUUGUAAACUCCACCGGUCCUACGCCAGUGGUGGAUAUUUUUCACAAUGGUGGAAGGGUACGUUUUGAAUCUAUGGACUUCCGGAACCAGAGCGUUAAGGCGGAUGUGUGUGAUGUGCUGACGUCAGACGAAUGUCAUCAGUGGACUUCCUGUUGCGAAUCCGCUGAACGCUGUUGCCAGAGACAACUGUCUGUAGAGAAGAAGGGGACUAAUUCUUCUUGCGGAAGGGUCUGGGAUGGAUGGUUGUGCUGGGACGAUGCAGAGCCGGGAACACGGAGUUAUGGUUCCUGUCCGUUGUUUAUGCCCUUUUUUACACCAUCCCGACAGGCUUUCCGGACAUGUCAAACAAACGGAGAGUGGAUUACACGGACAGAUUAUAACCCGUGUAUUAAAAAAGAGGAACUUGAAACGACGCUUUUCAUUGGUCUGGGCUGCAGCAUCGCCAGUUUGGUUGCCCUGGUGCCAGCAUUACUUAUAUUUCUCAAAUACAGAUCGCUACGUAAGCAGCAUCGAAUUCGACUCCAUAUCAACCUGUUCUUGUCCUUUUUGUUGAAGGAGGCCAUGGACAUACUGUGGGACAUGUUAGUGACCUAUGACAAGGUCACCAGUACGACCGUGUUCGAAACCACUCUGAUGCAAAAUGGCGUGGGCUGUAAGCUGCUGUCGUUCCUGAAGAUCUACUUUAAGUGCUGUACUUACACCUGGAUGUUCUGUGAGGGGUUCUACCUCCACCGUCUCAUGUCCAACGCCUUCUCCCCGCCCCGGUCACUCAAGGUCAUGUACGUGUUCGGCUGGGCCGCGCCCCUCCUGUCAUCGACGCUGUACGGCAUACUGAGGGGAAUCUUGAACAACGAAAGUUGUUGGACAUUUAGUUAUGAACGCUUAGAAUGGAUCUUCGAUGCACCAAAUGUUCUUUUCUUAUUUUUAAAUCUUGUAUUUUUGUCCAACAUUUUACGAAUCCUCCUGACUCAGAUGCAAACUCAUCCCAACGAGCCAGGAAACUUCAGGCGAGCAGUGAAAGCUACAUUUAUCUUAAUUCCCUUGUUCGGAAUCCAUCUGUUUUUUACACUGUACCGCAUACCGAUAAGUCAAGAGGGAGGCCAUGAAUACGAGAAAGUCUCGGUGAUAAUAAGCCAUACUCAGGGAUUAUUUGUUUCCAUGAUCUUCUGUUUCCUGAAUGGAGAGGUUAUUUCGAACAUCAAGAGAAGCAUACGACAUGGACGAAGCCGGUCCCUUUCUACGUCAAAACGGCUCAACCAGACCGACCAACAAACGCUCUCUAUCAGAUCCGAAUAUGACUUAGGAAAAAAUGGCGACCAGUGCUACAAAUCACUGAUAGUUCCUACCGAGGGAAAGGACGAGAUGGAACUCAAAGAGAAAUCCACCAAUGGCAGCCUUCUACACAACGGUCCUCAUGGAGAAACGUAGAACGUCAAACCAUUGGCGAUUCGUCCAAUAUAAACCAUGUGAUAUAAUGAUAUGUGACUCAGGGUCACGUGACGUACAUUUACAGAAACCCGGUGAUAUCGAAAUUACGUAGCCCCUUUUUGUACUCGUUGGUGGAGAAAUGUUUCAUGAAGCCGGUUAUUGCGACAGAACUGAUUGAUAUACUAGUAUGAUCUUACAUUGUAAUUUAGACCACAAGCAGAAAGUAAACCUUGUUAUAAAAAUUCUCUGUUUUGUGAAUUAUAUCAUAAAACCUUAUUCAGUAUCCGACAUCAACUAUGAGAACUUCUGUACUGUAAAAAAUCAGCAUUGUUGAUGGCAAAUCUUAAUUACAUGUAGGUGUUACAAGUUGAGUGGCGAUACUGGUUGAGUGGCGAGUUUUGAUUCAUUUUGGUGAUACUAUUGAGUGGUGAAUUUUGAUUGGUUAAUACAAGUUUAGAGCUGGCUCUUCUUAUUUUAUAUGUCCUAGUGGACACCAACGAAAACUAAUGCUUGAAAGAUAUCAGUACAUGGUUUACUUAACAAUUUGAUAUAAUUAUGAUUGAAGACGAAUUAUUGUACAUUACAAUUUAAUAUAAUUAUGAUUGAAGACAAAUUGUACAUUACAGACAAUACAAGUUUGUUAUUUUGUAUUUUUUGUGCAACAGUGAUGCUUAUAAGAUGAUGAAGACGUUAAAUUAAUUUUCAUUACAAAAAAUGUUUAUAUUUGUCAUUAUUAAUUUAACAUUAUAAAACAAUCGCAGAAAAAUGUUUAGUAAAACAUUUUGUUGUU